ACAGGGAGAAGUAAGGCCAGGACUCAGGAGGGUGCAAAACCGAAGAUAGCCGUAACCUCAUCAGCUAUCUCCACUUGAGCCUCCGUCUCGGUUCAAUUAUCUCCCUUUGUUUUUAUUUUUUCUCUCCUCUGUUUGGUAAGCGAGAAAAUCAUAGCCAAAGCUCUCACGUGCUGGAAAAUCCAUGGCUCCGAAGCCCAAGGACAAAGCGAAACCCUCUCCUUCGCCGUCGCAGCCUCCCCCUCCUAUCGAAGAUCUGUUCGGUUCCCUUAGCAAGCACAUCCAACGAUCCGAUUUCGAACAAGCGGCCAAAGUCGCAGAUCAAGUUCUCUCUAUCGCACCUGGUGAUGAGGACGCGAUUCGGUGCAAGGUUGUAGCGUUGAUCAAGGCCGAUAAGAUCGAGGACGCUAUCUCGACGAUUCAGUCCUCGCAGAAGUUUCCGAUUGAUUUCAGUUUCUUCAAGGCAUACUGCUUAUACAGACAAAACAAACUCGAUGAAGCUUUGGAGUCCUUGAAAAGCCUAGAGGGGAAUUCUACAGCCAUGCUGUUAGAGUCUCAGAUUCUGUAUCGUCUGGGAAAAAUGGAUGCUUGCAUGGAUAUUUAUCACAAGCUUCAAAAAUCCAAGUUUGAAUCAUUAGAAAUAAACUCUGUUGCUAGUUUGGUUGCCGCUGGGAGGGCUUCUGAAGUGCAAAGAAUGAUGGAUACACUUAGAGUCAAAGCAACUAGCAGUUUUGAGUUGGCAUUCAACACUGCUUGUUCUUUAAUUGAAAGUAACAAGUACACAGAUGCAGAACAACUAUUGCUUUCAGCGCGAAGAAUUGGUCAGGAAACGCUAUUGGAAGAGAACUUGCCUGAUGAUGAAAUAGAGAUUGAAUUGGCUCCUAUAGCUGUCCAGUUGGCCUAUGUUCAGCAGCUCCUUGGGCACGCACAAGAGGCCAUUGAAGCUUACACAGAUAUUAUUAAUCGAGAUUUGGCAGACGAAUCAUCACUAGCAGUGGCAGUGAACAACCUUAUUGUGUCUAAAGGUGCAAAAGAGGUUUCUGAUAGUCUAAGGAAACUUGACCGGCUGAAAGAGAAGGAUUCGCAGAACUUUCAGCUUGCUCGUGGACUUGACUUGAAGCUUUCACCAAAACAAAGGGAAGCAAUAUAUACAAAUCGGGUUCUUUUACUUCUCCAUGCAAAUAGGCUGGAUCAGGCUCGAGAACUUGUUGCUGCACUGCCUGGCAUGUUUACUGACAGUGUGAUGCCUGUAUUGCUUCAAGCUGCUAUUUUGGUGAGAGAGAACAAGGCUGGGAGAGCAGAAGAAGUUCUGGCACAGUUUGCCGAAAAGUUCCCUGAUAAAUCCAAGGUUGUUCUCCUAGCAAGGGCACAGAUUGCUGCUGCUGCUGGCCAUCCCCAUAUUGCGGCAGAGUCCCUGGUUAAGAUACCUGAUGUCCAGCACAUGCCUGCCACCGUUGCAACCCUUGUGUCUCUUAAGGAGCGUGCUGGAGAUAUUGACGGUGCAGCUGCUGUGCUUGACUCUGCAAUCAAAUGGUGGUCAAAUGCCAUGACUGAGGACAAUAAGCUUAAUGUCGUAAUGCAAGAGGCUGCUUCCUUCAAGCUCAGGCAUGGCCUUGAAGAGGAUGCUGCCCGUUUAUAUGAGGAGCUUGUAAAAAGCCAGGGAAAUAUAGAAGCAUUGGUUGGGCUGGUAACUACGGUUGCUCGUGUGGAUGUGAACAAGGCAGAAGUUUAUGAGAAGCAGCUGAAGCCGUUACCAGGUUUGAAGGGGGUUGAUGUGGAUGGUUUGGAGAGGACUUCUGGAGCGAAGCAUGUCGAGGGUGCUUCUGAUGUUGGGGUCACUGAGGCCUAUGAGGAGGGGAAGAGUAAAGCAAAAGGAAAGAAGAAGAGAAAGAGGAAGCCGAGGUACCCUAAAGGGUUUGACCCGGCAAACGCAGGUCCUCCACCAGAUCCAGAAAGGUGGCUCCCCAAGAGAGAGAGGUCGAGUUACAGACCGAAGAGGAAGGAUAAGAGAGCAGCUCAGGUGAGAGGAUCUCAGGGUGCAGUUGUUAGAGAAAAACAGGAAUCAAGUACUUCUGGUGCCAGUUCCAACACUUCAAACACAAAAUCAAGCCAAGGGGGCUCCUCCAAAGGAGCCUCACAUAAUGCAGUUGCAGAGCAACCCAAGCCUUCAUCCAAGUCGUCUAGAAAGAAGUCUAGGAAUUAACUAGGAAGGAUCCAUAAUUUUUGGUUGAAAAUUUUUGAGUUGCUGCAGAUUUUUUCAGUUCUCUUUUCAUCUGUCGGGAUUAAGCCUAGAUUUUAGAAAUUUAUCUUUGGCCUCUGUUCUGUUUGGAUUUGAUUUGGAACAAUCAGAGAACACUCUUUAACUUACUGGCCUUGUCGUGAUGCCUUUCUAUUA